AUGGACACGGGCGGACUCUCAUUGAGCGGAUCGUGGGAUUGCCACCUUCACAUUUUUGAUCCGGACACCUUUCCCUGGAAGCCGAAUCGGACCUACACUCCGGCCGCGGCUCCUCUCGACGCUCUAUUCAAGGGCUCGUCCGCCUCAAACUACCUGAUCGUACAGGCUUCGGUGGAGGGCUGUUGGGCGGGCAUCAUCCACCACCUCCAGCAGGCGCGACGACAGACUUCUGGCCGGGGACUAUUCCGAGCCGAAAUUGAGGUCGACGCCGAUGAAGAUCUGGAUGAGAAGACGUUGCAACAAUUGCAUGAGGUGGGGGUCCGAGCUCUCCGUCUUCACGGGGAGGUCGGGGUCCCCAGCGGCGAGAACCGCAUCCAAUCGGCCCAGACCUCGUUCAAACGGCUGGGCCGGAUUGCGAAGAAGACCGGAUGGUUCAUCGCGGGGACAUGUCCGUUGGGCUCCUGGCUGGAGCUGGGACCAUGGCUAGUGACGGCCGAGGAACUGGACGGCGUCCGAAUCAUCAUAGAACAUAGCGGGCGCCUGGAUCCGGGGCGCGAUGUCGACGAUUAUCCCGAAUUCGAGAGAUUUCUCCAAUUACUAGAAGAUCACCCUGGAAAGCUCUUUGUGAAACUCUGUGGUAUCAAUCGACUCGAUUCGCAGGAACGAGCCGAUGGGAGAAUGCCUGCCCUUCCGGCCACGGUCGUGGCUAUUGCGCAGCGAGUCCCGGAUUCGGUCGUCUGGGGGUCCGACUGGCCUCAUUGUCGAUUUAACGAGGGCUAUCCACGAGAGCAGAGUGUGUCUGGAAAGAAAGUCGACCUGCUACAUGAGCUGAAUCUUCUUCAAGCGGCCUUAUCUCCGACCCUGUGGAAGAAGUUGAUGUGUGACAAUCCAAAGAGAAUGUUCGAGUGA